AUGACUGAAAGACUGUGGGGCAUGGAAACAGUUCAUACGCUUUGCUGGGCAGUACAGGGACUCCUCCACUCCGUGCAUGUGUCGGAUGGCAGUCGAAAGCACGUGGCGGCGCGAAUGGCCGAGGCGCAGCGCCGCUGUGCCCGCUUCCGUGUCGUCGACAUCGGGGCGGCCAUGAAUCCUUGGACCCUCGAAGUGGCAGAUGCCAUCGCCGAUAGAACGCCGGAGGUCGUUGAGGAUUGCUUUCAGGAGCUGGAGAACGCAGCACAAGUGGCUCGAUUCUGCUGUCGUGCCGGCAGCGGUGCUCAGAUCCGCGCGUCCGGCGAGGGCCAUGGGGCCAACAUCAGUUGUUUCACAGAUGACUUCACCUAUGGCAGAUGCUGCAAGAGCCAGGAGCCCCGGCAACUUCUUCGGUUUACGCUGGAUGUCAACAAGGAGUCCGCAUGGGGCCCUCUGCUGCAGCACGUCGAAGUGGCUGGCAAGUUUGACUAUGCGGUGGUCUCCCAUGUCGUGGAAGAUGUGAUGAACCCUGAGAUCCUGAUCCAGAUGCUGCCCCGAGUGGCCGAGCGCGGCUACGUCUCCAUGCCCUCGAAGUUUACCGAACUCCGGAGGGGCGUGGAGGGCUACGGACCCCAUCGUGGGCACAUCCACCACCGCUGGAUCGGCACCGUGCAGUCUGGGAAGCUCGUGCUGGUUCCGAAACUGUCCUUCCUAGAAACCGUCCAGGGGCCCGUCGACAGAGUCGGGGAAGCUUUGACGGCGGACUCUAUCGAUCUGAGCUUCGAGUGGGAGGGCGACCUCCCUUUUGCUAUUCUCAAUGACGGCUUCGUGGGGCCCACACCGAUCCACGUGAUGCAGAUGUAUGCAGACACCUUCCAGACGCAGGACGAUGUGGAUGCGGCUUACGCGUCGAGGCUUCGGCCCAAAGAAUGGCCGGCGCUGUCCUGCACUGGGCAGAGGUCUGAGAAGUCAGAGCCCGCUCCACCACCGACGCCCGAUGCCCCGCUGUCCAGCGUCCAGUUUUGCGCCCUGAGCAGCUUCGAGGGUGUCUCAACGCAGCUGGCGGCACAACUGGGCGCCACCGGCGAGCGCUGCUUCCACCGGGAGCUCAAGGAAGUGCGGCAACGCUGCCUCGUGGCCAUGAAGGCGAUCGAGGCAUCGAUGUGGAUCUACCACACCUGUGCUUCUGCGGAACCUGCGGUGGGAAGCGAAGAGCGUCGAAGAGGCUGCAAGGAGGCCGCUGACGUGGCUCCACCCGGAAAUGCUUCGGCGGUGCUGGCUGCAUGCCUUCAAGAGGACGAGGGGAGUCUAGAGAGCCACCUUGCUCGGCUCUCCGUGUUUGCAACUGCACCACAGAUCGACGCCGAGACGCUGCGGCGUCGCGCGGCAGCGCUUCGCUGUGCCAAGGCCGCUGCACUGGUCCGGCCUGAGGAGAUUGUUGCACGCCCGAUGGACGUGGGCGUAGACUGCUUGCCUUCGGAGCUUCUGAAGACGGCCUUCUACAAAGACCUCGUGAAGCACUUUGCCGAGCUUCCUUGGAUCUCACUGAAGCAUCCGUUUCUCCCGCGCUACGACCGGGGCACAUUUCUGGAGUUCGCUCAGUCUUUGCCGACUUGGGUGUCCUGGAUGUUCGAGCUCUGGUUUUUCUACGACAACGUCUUCCUGCCGCUCUUUCGUGACCAGCCCUUCUGGGGCGCCUACACGGCACCGCUCUUUCGACUCCCUCCUUGGGCGGUGCCCCACGGAGUUGACCGGCGCGAGGUGGUCCUGGAGCGCUUGGUCGAGAUGUUGGCCUUUGACAGGCCCUCGCCUUCCAGCCAGGGCGUGUCGAUGGCAGAGGUCGGCGUUUUCAUGGGCGAGACUUGCGCCUCCCUCCUGGCGAAGCAUCUACCGCUGGAGACGGUCCAUCUUGUUGACCUCUGGGACAACAAUCCGACCUACCAGGGUGUCCUUCGCGAGAAGAGCCACCUGGGUGACGUCUCGGCAAACGAGGCACGCAAGCGCGUGGAGCAGCGCUUCGCGCAGUAUGCCAGGACCUACUGCUUCGAUGGCACCUCAAACGCUCACCGAGCUUAUCAGGGGCCGGUGCUACCUUCCAGCGGCCCCUGGAAAGCACCCCUCUGUUCGGAGGUGGAGGAGAAUGCGAACUUGCCAAGGGUUGCUAUUCAUGCCACGACCUCGUUAACAGCGAGCUCUCGUCUCCCAUCUCGUUCGCUUGACCUUGUCUUCAUCGACGGGGCACACGACUACGACAACGUCAAGAAGGUCGCCUUCGUCCCGGAGAUGUCAAAGUCUUGCAGCUCCUGGAAAAGCCAGCGUGGAGCUCACUGGACGCGCUCCUCGAAGCCAGUCUUGGUGGCCGUGAACCAAAGCCCGACGAAUUCGAAGCUUCAUCGCAUGGCCUCAAUCGCCAGCACCUCCAGUGACAGCCAAGCCGGGAUGAGUGUCCCGGAUGCUGCAGCGAUCAUCGCUGGGACCGCCCUUGGGGGUGGAUUCCUAGCGCUUCCGAGUGUGACGGCGCCUAUGGGUGUGAUGCCAGCCAUCUUCGGUCUGAUUGUGGUCUGGGCAUUCCUUGCCGCAGUAGGCUUGGUGUAUGCAGAGGCUUCAGUUUACACCUUGGCCGAAAAGGCCAAACUCAUGGAAGAUGCCGAGAAACCUACCGAGGAGGACCGCACGCUGAUGCAAGAUGAGGGCGUGUCUGUUGUCUCGGUGGCGCAGAGGGCCCUCGGCGACACGGCGGCUGUGAUUUGCUCGCUCGCCUUUGCCUCUCAAAUGCUGGCGGUGGUCACUGCCCAGGUGGCCAAGUCCGGAGAGUUGGUCUCGACGCUCACGGGUCUGCCAUACAUCGCGGGCUGCAUCGUGCCAAGUGUAUUGGUGGGCCUUUUCGCUUUUGAGACGCCGCCCCGCAUCGUGGAGCAGAGCAACACAGUGCUGGCCGCCACCAUGGUGGGUGGCUUUCUCUUCCUGAUCGUCAGCACUGUGGGUGCCAAUUUGGCGCAGUUGCCGGCGGCGCUGUCGGCACUCCCGCCUGCCGACUGGGGACUGCUCAUUCCCGCCGCCUCAUCGACCUGGGCGUUGCCAAUCUUCUUCAACCUCCUUUGUUUCGGGCAGUCCAUUCCGCUGGUGGUUGAGCGGAUGGGUCCCAACAACACCGGCAAGGUGCGCAAUGCGAUCCUCCUCGGCUCGAGCGUGCCGCUCCUCAUGGGCAUGGCUUGGGUGGUGGUGGCGGCACUCCUCGGUUCAAGCUUGAGCCUGGACGGGGACCAGGACCCAGUGAUCGCCCUCGUGCAGGGACCACCUCAGGUGGCUAUCCCAGUGCUGCUACUGGCAUGUGGUGCAAUUGGUACCACCCUGAUUGCCUCGUAUUUGGCACUGGGCCAGUUUGCCGCGGAUGCAAUGUGUGCCGCCACCGGCUGCUGUUCCAUAGAGGACAAUGAGAGAGCGAAGAUGGCUUCGGUUAUCCUUCCAGCUCUCGUGGCCUGCGUCGGCCCGCAGCUCUAUCUGCCCCUACUGUCCUUCACCGGCGCCUUUCCCACGAUGCUUCUGUAUGGAUUGCUGCCGCCUUUGGCGCUGCUUGCAGCACAGCGCGCCAAGGAACGCAUGGUUCCAGGUGGCCGGCUGAUGUUGAUUUUCCUUGCAGCUCUUUCUGUGAAGUUCCUGCUGACCAACCUCUUCCUCUGGCUUCGCCCUGCGU